CUUCAACAUAGCAACCUCACCAAACUCUACUUCAUACCCUGCGAUCAUGAUGCAUUGUCGACGACAACAACAGUCAAUCCCGAUCGCAUAAGUUCUUCUCGAGCUCACUUGACUCGAAUCACACCGCCUCCGCCUUCGCCCCCCGACUCUCUCUCCAUCUCAAUCCAACAAUCGAACCACGAGACCAGCAGUAGUAGUACACCAGUAACACCACGAUGAGCUCCUCCACCCCGGCAAAGCGCCAGAAGCAGCGCAAGGUGCUCCUCAUGGGAAAGAGCGGGGCUGGAAAGUCUUCUAUGCGUAGCAUUGUCUUCAGCAAUUACGUUGCGAAAGAUGUGCGUAGACUAGGCGCGACGAUCGAUGUAGAGCACAGUAACAUAAAGUUCAUGGGAAACCUGAUGCUAAAUCUAUGGGAUUGCGGAGGACAAGACGGCUUCGUCGAGAACUACCUCACCAACCAACGCACACAUGUCUUCGGUUCCGUCGCGGUGCUAAUAUUCGUCUUCGACAUUGAGUCACGCGAAUUCCAAGCCGACGUUAUCUCCUACUCCAAUAUCAUCCGCGCACUGACCGAAUGCUCGCCCACGGCCAAGGUGUUCAUCCUCAUCCACAAAAUGGACCUCGUCCAGCUGCGGCUGCGCUCCCAACUCUUCGAGGAGCGCGCAGAGUACAUCCGCGCCUCGUCCGAGGGCUUCCGCGACAGCGUCGACUUCUUCCCGACCAGCAUCUGGGACCAGAGCCUGUACAAGGCCUGGACGCAGAUCAUCUACUUUCUCAUCCCGAACGCGCAGAAAAUCGAGUCAGCCCUCAAGGACCUGGCCGACGUCAUCGACGCCCGCGAACUGGUGCUCUACGAACGCACCACCUGCCUCAUGGUCACGCAUGUCACGCGCGGCGCAGAGCUCUCGAACCCCUACACCGACCGCUUCGAGCGCAUCUCGAGCAUCCUCAAGACGCACAAGCAGAGCAUGGCCAAGCACACCAGCCUGCCGCCCAACGCGGCCAAUUUCGCAGAGCUGCAUAUCAAGACGGGCCGCUUCAUGUUCUUCAUCACGCGGCUGACGGAGAAUACGAACCUGGCUGUUGACAUCCCGCCCAGCGAGCAGGUGUUUAAUGCUGCGCGCAUGAACAUCAUGCUUGCGCGGCCAAAGUUUGCCGAGCUGGAUAUUGCGAGCAAGGCCAAGGCGGGGACGCAGGGUGUGGGCGGGGAGGACAGCGGAGACAGAGACGGCGUUGCGGCGUAGAUGAUGGGAAGGCGCAGUACGGGCGGGAGAGUCCCAGGGCCAGGGAGGUCAUAGAUGAUAGAUGAAAUGACAAUGACGAGCGAGGAAGAUAAAUCCUCUCGGAAACAGGGAGGAGUCUGAUCAAAGGCAGAGGACAAGUUCAGGCAUACACUCAGGCACAAGGCACAAGGAGUUCUCUCGGCGAUACCCAAGCUAGCAUAUCCACAGCUACACUUCAACACCAUUUCUCACACCAUCGCAAUCACUGACCUGAUCCCACUACCGCAACCAGGCACUAUAACAUACAGUCCCAGACCUAUCUCUCAUCGGAAAAACCCCCCACCAACACCUCUCCCCUCCCCCCUUCUAGCUUUCAACAAUCAGAGACCCAUCGAG